UUGUAAACUUGAUGCUGCGAUGGAAGGCAAAUGGUUUGGCAACAGGCAUCCAGCUGUUACAAUAACAAAAGAUUCCUUUCGUGGGAGCAGGAUCAAAGAUGAGAACUGCGAAUCUGAAGCUUGUUUGAAACAGUCUUCAUUAGGGAAUUUUAAAUGCAUAUACUAUAAAGAUUCCAAUUUCAUUAUAAGAUCCGAGAACACAAUAGUUCGCCUUGUAGAUUAUUCUAUUUACAGUUGCUCAAAGUUUGCUUUAAUAUCAGCUAAUAAAGUCAUCUUCAACUUCAUCAUGAAAGAAAUAGAUCCUGUAUCGAAGGGUUUCGCGAAAGUCCUGCUGGCCAAGCCGACAGUGGCGUCGUUGGAAGCCCUAUGCAAAAGUUCAGGAGAUUUCAUGCCUAACCAGUUUAACAUUUUGAUAAGGCAAGACUCCUUUUUGAAAGCCACCGAGGAAUUUCCAAAAGCUUUUACCAAAGCUUUCAAAUACCAAAUGGGAGAUUGCUUUUUCGUGCUAAAGUUUCUGUCCACUCGGAUGGGCUUCACUCGAAUACUAGCAAAGAACUGCGAUACUGAAAAGCCAUUUUACUCCGCUAAAGGGGAUUUUAGUUGUGUCCAUAAUCCAGUUGAAAACGGGAAAAACUACUUUAUCAUGUACAACGAAGACUCGUCACCGAACUUUGUCGACACAUUUCGUUUCGUUUGCGUUGUCUAUUCGGCAGAUGUUAAUGAAAUCAAUUUGACGGUAACCCCACAAGUUUGCCAUGGAAAAGAUUCGUCAAUAGUGCAGUACAUUACAGGCGCCCUUAUAGGACAAGAGCAGGUGAAUUUAAUAAUACAAGAAAACGAAGAUGCGGAACAGCUUUUUAAGUACACAUUUGCGGCGGCGACAGCCUCUGUGAUGUUGAUCGCCUGUUUAGUCAUCUUCUCCAUGAGGAAAAAAAAGGUGCACCACGUCAGUGGCAGCGACGGCGACGACAUCAGUGACCACAUCAUAGAGCAGUUAUACCUCGCGGAGAUCAAACUGAGAAAAUUCUCCGAAGGAUUGGGUGAUGAAGGAGAAGAAGGAGAACAAGAAGAAGAAGAAGAAGAUGACGAUGAUGAUGAUGAUGAGGAUGAGGAUGAUGACGAUGAAUCUGACGACGAUGAUUUAGCAUACAAAUCAGUUACAGAUCUGAAAUCUGGGAGCACACAUUCUGUAUAGAAUCCGAGGACAUAUUAAAGAGAAAUGUGUUCGUAACAAAAGAAUAGUUCCUUCAAUUGUGAACUUUGUUUCGAUUUUAAUUAACCAAUCUCAAGACUUGGCUUGGCUUGGCUACCUAUGAAGUGGGCUCGAGGUUCGACACCAGACUCGGGCAGAGUUGUGUUUACUGAGCGCCUAAAGGCAGCACGGAAAAACCUUCUCCCAGAUACCCCCUGUCCCCCACUGGUCCACAAAUGAGAUUGGACCGUAGCGCUCUGAGCAUGCCAUAAGCAAGAAAGUAGCGCUAUAUAAAAGCUCAGCUAUAAUAAAUUAUGACAUCAGGA